AUGGAUAAGCUUUGUGGUGGAGCCGACUGGGACGAAGAUCAAACAACCUACUCAUCAUCCCAACAAACUGUUGCAACAAAUUCUCCCUGCCACGCGACAAAGAUUGCAAAAAUUCUAGCCAAAGUUGUAAUUCUCAAGUUGGAAACAGACUACAUAAGCUUCAAAUUUGUACAAGCGGAUUCAAACCUGCGGUUUCUUUGGCGUCUGGCUAACAAUAUUUUUCCAGCCAUCCUUUCCAACACUGUAACAAUAUGGAUCAAAAAGCCUCAUAAGCAAAAAACACUGUUUGUCAGAACACAUCAACAGCUGUCAAAAUUUUUGCUUAAAAAGAUGGACAUAGCAGGAUCCAUACUAUAUCUGAUAUCAUCGAAACACUGA